UAUGUGGGCUUUAGUUCAGUAUGUCUUUGUUAUGCAUUUUGAUCUAUGUUUCACUGUCUUUUUUGUCUAUGGCAAGUACCGAUGUGGCCUUUAUUGUAGUGUUUAUUUACAUGCAUGUUACUGUGUUUCUUAGCAAAAAAAUGAAGGUAGUCCUUGGAGCUCACUCGCGCUCAAAACCUGAGAAAGAGAAAAAGGAAUUUACUGUCACUCAAGCAGUGACUCAUCCCCGUUUUGAUAAUAAAACUUUAGUAAAUGACCUCAUGCUUUUGCAGCUGAAGGAAACAGUUAAACCUAACAAGUCCAUCUCCACACUGAAUGUGCCUGAACAAUUCCAUGAUGUCAAAUCAGGGAGCAAUUGCACAAUAGCUGGUUGGGGAACCACUAGCAACAGAGACAACCAAGGCUCAGAUGUCCUGAUGGAAGUCGAUGUUGUAGCCAUCGAUAGAAAGAAAUGCAAUGGGAAAAACUACUUUAACUUGAAUCCUGUAAUUACCCAAGACAUGCUUUGUGCUGGUGGUAAGAGAGGAAAAAAAGAUUCUUGUAAGGGUGAUUCCGGAGGUCCUCUCAUCUGUAAUAAGAAAUUUGUAGCUGUUGCUUCAUUUGGUUAUAAAGGUCAAUGUGGCAAGAAGCCUGGAGUAUAUACUCUGCUGACCAAGAAAUAUAUCCAGUGGAUUCGAAAGGUAACAGGGGGAGAUGCAUAAAAAGCAGCAGUUUAUUUAGGUGAAACAAAUAUGUACGGUCAAUGCAUUUUGUGAAGUUUUUUUUUUCUGUAAACUUCAGAACGAUAGAUAUCUUU